GGUGCAUUGGACAGGUUCAAGCUUCAGCUUUCGAUCUUGUUCGGCUCCGUUUGGACUUGGUCUCCCUCUGCGAUAUCAAUCAACCGUCCUGUCCUCUGGAUGCAUUCCUCUCGUCAAGUCGUCAGAUGAUGAACAAAAGAUCGCCAUAGCAUCGCAGCGAAACCACUCUGAGAUUUGAACGAGGGACCGAGGCCAGGAAGCGUCCUCGAGAGCCAUCAUGGCGUCCAAGGGGAUCCUCAAGAACAGCGGCUCCAGCCGCAUGCCGGCGCAGGGCGCCGGCAAGCCGCCCACCGCGCCCACCUCGGCGCCGACGGUCGUCUUCGGCCGCCGGACCGACUCCGGGCGAUUCAUCAGCUACUCGCGCGACGACCUGGACUCGGAGAUCAGCAGCGUCGACUUCCAGGACUACCACGUCCACAUCCCCAUGACGCCCGACAACCAGCCCAUGGAGGACGAGGACGGCGGCGGCGGCGGCGCCAGGGCCGAGGAGCGCUACGUCUCCGGCUCGCUCUUCACCGGCGGCUUCAACAGCGUCACCCGCGCGCACGUCAUGGACAAGCAGGACGGCGCCGGCGCCGGCCGCCGCGGCGGAGCCAAGGGCGCCAGCGCCUGCAUGGUCGAGGGCUGCGACGCCAGGGCCAUGCGCGACGCCCGCGGCGACGACGUGCUCCCCUGCGAGUGUGACUUCAGGAUCUGCGUCGACUGCUUCACGGACGCCGUCAAGGCCGGCGGCGCCGCCUGCCCGGGCUGCAAGGAGCCUUACAAGAACUCCGAGUGGGAGGACCUCGCCGGCGCGCCCGAGGUCACGAGGGCGCUCUCGCUGCCACGCGGGCCCGCCGGUGCCAACGGCCACAAGAUGGAGAGGCGCCUGUCGCUGGUCAAGCAGACCAACGUCAACCAGUCCGGCGACUUCGAUCACAACCGCUGGCUCUUCGAGACCAAGGGCACCUAUGGCUACGGCAACGCCAUCUGGCCCCAGGACGGCGUGGAUGAUGACGCCGAUGGCGGCGCUCCAGCUGGACCUGGGCACCCCAAGGAGCUCUUGACCAAACCAUGGCGGCCGCUCACCCGCAAGCUCAGGAUUCCAGCAGCCGUCAUCAGUCCUUACAGGCUCCUUGUCUUAAUCCGAUUGGUCGCACUGGCCUUCUUCCUCAUGUGGCGUAUCAAGCACCAAAACCAGGACGCCAUUUGGCUUUGGGGAAUGUCAAUUGUCUGUGAGCUCUGGUUUGCGUUCUCAUGGGUACUGGACCAGCUUCCAAAGCUGUGCCCUAUCAACCGCGCAACAGACCUCUCUGUGCUGAAGGAGAAAUUUGAGAUGCCCACACCUAACAAUCCAACAGGCAAAUCCGAUCUCCCUGGAAUUGACAUCUUUGUGUCAACUGCUGAUCCAGAGAAGGAGCCAGUUCUGGUCACUGCAAACACAAUUCUCUCCAUCCUCGCAGCUGACUACCCUGUUGAAAAGCUUGCAUGUUACGUGUCAGAUGAUGGAGGGGCAUUACUCACCUUCGAAGCGAUGGCUGAAGCAGCGAGCUUUGCCAAUUUCUGGGUGCCAUUCUGCAGGAAGCAUGACAUCGAACCCAGGAACCCUGACAGCUAUUUCAACCUGAAGAGAGAUCCCUUCAAGAACAAGGUGAAGCCAGACUUUGUCAAGGACAGAAGGCGGAUCAAGCGUGAAUAUGAUGAGUUCAAAGUCCGUGUUAAUGGCUUGCCAGAUGCCAUCCGACGUCGUUCUGAUGCGUACCAUGCCCGUGAAGAGAUCCAGGCAAUGAACCUUCAGAGGGAAAAGAUGAAGGCUGGAGGUGAUGAACCGUUUGAGCCGGUGAAGAUUCCCAAGGCAACAUGGAUGGCUGAUGGCACUCACUGGCCUGGUACCUGGCUCCAACCAUCACAGGAUCAUGCCCGAGGUGAUCACGCAGGAAUCAUACAGGUUAUGCUGAAACCACCAAGUGACAUGCCAAUGUAUGGGAACAUCAAUGAAAAGUCACCUCUUGACUUUGCAGGAGUUGAUACACGGCUUCCAAUGCUGGUGUAUGUGUCAAGAGAGAAGCGCCCAGGAUAUGAUCACAAUAAAAAAGCAGGUGCUAUGAAUGCACUGGUCCGUGCAUCAGCAAUCAUGUCCAAUGGUCCAUUCAUUCUUAAUCUGGACUGCGAUCACUAUAUCUACAACUCAAAGGCCUUAAGGGAGGGGAUGUGCUUCAUGAUGGACCGUGGUGGUGACCGCCUCUGCUAUGUGCAGUUCCCUCAGCGAUUUGAAGGUAUUGACCCUUCUGAUCGUUAUGCCAACCACAAUACAGUUUUCUUCGAUGUCAAUAUGCGUGCCCUUGAUGGCCUGCAAGGACCAGUGUAUGUUGGUACGGGAUGCCUCUUCCGUCGAAUUGCUCUUUAUGGCUUCGACCCACCUCGUUCCAAGGAUCACAGCCCAGGAUUCUGUAGUUGCUGUCUCCCACGCCGCCGUAAGGCAUCCGCUUCCAAUGCUAACCCUGAGGAAACAAUGGCUCUUCGCAUGGGUGAUUUUGAUGGGGACAGCAUGAACCUCGCAACAUUCCCAAAGAAGUUUGGGAAUUCAAGCUUUCUGAUUGACUCCAUUCCAGUAGCGGAAUUCCAGGGACGACCCUUGGCUGACCAUCCAUCUGUCAAGAAUGGGCGUCCACCUGGUGCUCUAACAAUCCCUCGUGAAAUGCUAGAUGCAUCCAUCGUAGCAGAAGCAAUCAGUGUGAUCUCAUGUUGGUAUGAGGAGAAGACAGAAUGGGGUAUAAGGGUGGGGUGGAUCUAUGGGUCUGUCACUGAGGAUGUUGUGACAGGGUACCGCAUGCAUAAUCGUGGAUGGAAGUCGGUUUACUGUGUCACACAGCGUGACGCCUUCCGUGGCACUGCUCCUAUCAACCUUACUGACCGCCUUCAUCAGGUGCUUCGAUGGGCCACUGGUUCUGUUGAAAUCUUCUUCUCCCGUAACAAUGCAUUGUUCGCCAGCUCCAAGAUGAAGGUUCUUCAAAGGAUUGCGUACCUCAAUGUUGGUAUAUAUCCCUUCACAUCCAUCUUCCUCAUUGUUUACUGCUUCCUUCCAGCACUCUCCCUCUUCUCAGGACAGUUCAUUGUGCAAACACUCAAUGUCACCUUCCUGACAUACCUACUUAUCAUCACCAUCACUCUUUGCCUCCUGGCCAUGUUGGAAAUCAAGUGGUCUGGCAUUGCACUUGAGGAGUGGUGGCGAAACGAACAAUUCUGGCUCAUUGGUGGAACUAGUGCGCACCUGGCUGCUGUGCUGCAAGGUCUUCUAAAAGUGAUUGCAGGGAUUGAAAUCUCAUUUACACUCACUUCAAAGCAAGUGGGUGAUGAUGUAGACGAUGAAUUUGCAGAACUCUACAUAGUGAAAUGGACAUCAUUAAUGAUACCACCCCUCACUAUCAUCAUGAUCAACCUUGUUGCCAUUGCUGUUGGCUUCAGCCGAACGAUUUACAGCACAAUCCCACAAUGGAGCAAGCUUCUUGGUGGAGUGUUUUUCAGCUUCUGGGUGCUUGCUCAUUUAUAUCCAUUUGCAAAGGGGCUCAUGGGCAGGAGAGGAAGGACACCCACUAUUGUAUAUGUCUGGUCUGGACUCGUUUCCAUCACCAUCUCAUUGCUCUGGAUUGCGAUCAAGCCUCCAUCACAAGCUGCCAACUCGCAGUUCGGCGGGUCGUUUUCUUUCCCUUGACCCACUAUGUGUUCAAACCUAUAGCUCUUACUGGAUGGAUACAGAAAUUACUGAAAGCAACCAAAUGACAUUCAGGUUUUGCAGCAUACCUAAAGAAUACCCUGUGAUUUAGACAAUGGGUUACUUUGCAGCUCAGUCUCAUUACAGAGAGGAAGACAUAGGAUAUAUAUAUAUAUAUAUAUAUAUAUAUCUAUUCUAGCAAAUCAAAAGGUGGAAUCACUGUUUUGAUUCUUUCUGAUUUUUUAUUUCUUUAGAGCUCGUCUCUCAGUUGAAUCGUGUGCCCAAAAAAGGUGUAAUGUGUUGUUAGCAUGUUAAUAAUGUUACUCUACAAAGUUUUUCACAGUUGAGUUCAAUGUCA